AAAGUUAACCACUGUGUAAUAAAAGUAGCAAAAUACGGUAAAUUUAAUCAGCAUGUUGAGGCACAUUUGUCGCGGCCAAUGAGGUUUGGUCUUUAAAAGGAAAUAGAAUAUAACUUUAAAGUAAACAGUGGAAUAAUUUCCUCUUUGUUGGACUUCAACCUUACUUACAAUAAACCGGCUGAAAAGUGAACUUUGAACUCAGAUCUUCUUCACAGUCUUGAAUUUAAAGACGUAUGUUAUGAAUGAGCACAGAGGAACCAGGUGACUCUUCGCACUCGUCAUUGAAGAUGAGUGAGAACAUGUUCCAGGAGGGUCUGUACCAAGUGUACUUCAAAGAGCGCCCAAAGAAGAGGCCUGUCGAGCAACAGGACUUGCACCAUGCUCGGAUUCAUCGCUGGUUCUCUUCAGUGGUCAACACCAGGCUGCUGGUCAGCGGGGUGGUGCAGUUCUUGAGUGGCGCGGUCUGCAUGCUGGCCGCCGUGUGCCACGCAUGUGUGAGCUACGACUGCUCCGUCACCAUGACGGCGCCGGUGUGGUCCAGCCUCCUCUUCAUGGCUGCUGGAUGUGUGGCAGUAGAAGUCCAGAGGAAGCCCAAUAAACUCAAGAUCAUCAUCCUUAUGGGUGUUCACCUCCUCAGCCUGCUGAUUGGUUUGUCCCUGCUGUUCGCCUACUGCCUCUCGUCUCAGCGGCCACUCGCUCUUCGUACAAGAAAACAGCUUGUCGGCACGUAUGUGGCUAAGGGCAGCGCCGUAGCGUUCACUUUGCUGUGUCUGCUACUGUCCCUCUAUAUUGUCUUAUUGUCGUGGAGAGGCCUCCGGCGCUAUGGGAGUACGACAGUCCAAGUUCGUGGGUACGACCGUGUCAUGCAGGAGCCAGACGAUGACACGGGGCAUUUAUUGGAGCAUGUGGACUCAGUGUGACUAUCUAUCCAUCCAGGUUUUGUUUGUGCAUUCUGUGUUUUUCAAGGAGUAAAAUGGCACUCCAUAGAACAAUGGAGUAAUAUCACAAUGAAAUAGAAUUGAAAAAAAUUCAACUAUUUGUGCAUCAUGGUUUAAUGCUUCAGUUCAAUUCGAUGUGCUGCUCCUUCAGGUGUGCCCAUCUUGGCCACCGUAUAAUAUAGUCGCAAAGACACAAAUGAUGAAGUACAUUUCUUCACGGACUACACGCAUAAAUCAUGAGUUCAUGUGUUGUGGUUGUGUUUAUGACAUUAAAUGUAAUAUGGAAAGGCUGACUUUUGCUCCAAUCCGGUUCAAAAAUUGCCUGCUACAGAUUUGAAAAGAAAAAGGAAAAUAAUAUGUGGAUUCAUUUGAGAUUUCCAAAGAGUUUAUGGCUGCCACAGAGUCUUGUAUUAAACUGUUCAAUUGCCGACACGAGUGCUAUAUGUCCUUUCUCACUCGCCAUACAGUGAUGCAACAUAACAGUCAAAACCGGUAAUGUCGGAAUCGAAACGCCACCGAAUGUUUCAAAACUACUAUCGAUGGUCACCAAUAUGUAUGUUGAUAUUUUUACUGAAUGCUCACAUCAAGCUCUGAAAAUAUUAGAAUGAUCGGCCAAGUAUGAGGGACUUUAGGGUGUUUUCCUCCUCAGAGAUUCACUCACGACAAAGCUUAUGUCACUUCAUGAGUUAAUGUGUCAUCCAUAAAAUACAAAACACAUGACAUGUCUUGCAACAUUACAGAAUGUCAACCUGUUGACAGAUUCAUCGCGUAUACGCCUGCCUGUCAAACUAUUUUCAGUAACGCCUUGAUUGGCUGUUGCAGAUGAGACUGGCAACACUCAAACAAAAAUGACAUCGCUGUUUCUUUAUAUUUUUAAUGUCUUAGUGAUAAGCAACUCAAGAUUAGUAUUUCACAAC